GAGGAGCUUCUGGGAAGAAAUGUCUCACUGACUCUGUCGCCUGGACAACCGGAGCAUGGAGGGGAUGACAUUUAAGAGCAUAAGUUCUGCACAUCAUCAGUGGACCCAGAAGGCCUGAACGAUUCACCUGUGAUUCUUGUCUCAUCAGCACCAGGUGCCAGCAUGAAUGUGGAGGAUGAUCCACUGCUGUUUCAGACCAGCUGGGGAGGGAUGGAGGAUGAGGAGGAGGAGGAGGAGCAGGAGGACGAGGAUGGAGUUGCUCAUGCAGCAGGGCGGCCCUGUAUCCCUGAGGAGGCUGCAUUGUGUGGGCCGUGGAGGGCAGUGGGAUGGGUGUACACACAGCCCUGGGCCAGUGGAGUGGUUUUAGGGGUCGCUAUCCUGCUCCCAUGCACCCUGUUUACCUACAUGCUCCUCUACUGCCCUCCCCUGGACAUAGACCUAUCCUACAGUGCCUUUGAGGUUCACAGUCACUUCUCUGCUGAGCGCUUUGACGCCCUCACAAUCGCUGUUAAAACUCAGCUGGGCUCCUGGGACAGACGGAGGCGAGACUUAGAUUACAGCGAGGCUGAGGCCCUGCAGGAGCUACUGCUGGAGAAGCUGGGCAGGCAGAAAGCAUUAAACAGGACAGAUAAUGAGGGCGUCAGGUUCCCUAGUCCUCAAAAUGACACUUUAGACUCAGGAGAUGAUCAGAAGACAGACGCUGCAGCGGGCAGAGAUAAAAGAACAGCUCUUGAUUUGGCUCAGGGGGAAAUUGUGAAGCACAAUAAUUCAAAUAAAAAUGCAGAGGAGGAUGAGAAGAAAUCAUUGGAGGAAAGUUCAAGUUUGCCGCUCAUUAGGAGGAGCAGGUUUGCUCCCAAUUACUACAUACAGAGCCAGGCUUUGUGGAAGAUCGAGCUGGUGUUUGUGGCACAGGGGGAAGGCGAUCACAACAUCUUCACACCAGAACGCCUGCAAACGAUUCAUCAUGUGGAGCAUCUGCUCAUGCAGCAUCCGCAGUUUCAUCAGUUUUGUUGGAAGCCUCUGGAGAUGUUAAGAGAUCUGCCUCUAGGGCCGUCCUACUGCUCUCCACCUAGCUCUCUCUUGUCCUAUCUCUACCCCAGUGAGAGAGGAGGAAAGAUUUACUAUGAUGGCAUGGGCCCAGAUCUGGCAGAUAUUCAAGGUUCUCUGAGUCUUGCCAUCACCCACCCACAGUUCUACUGGUACGUGGACGAGAGUCUGUCCCCUGAGCAUCUCUCCUCCUCUCUUUUACGCAGUGAGAUCCACUUUGGAGCUCCUCUUCCCUCUUACUACUCCAUGCAGGAUCGAGGUGACCAGCAAAGAUCUCGCUUCAAAAACUUUGUGGUUCAGUAUGCAGACAUGCUGGCCAAGCAGUCUACCAGCCAGGUGAAGGUGCUUUACGGGGGAACUGAGCUGUUUGAUGAUGAGGUGAGACACACCUUCCACAAUGACAUGAUGCUGGCUGUCAUCAGUGGAGCCUGCAUUACAGUGCUCGUCUAUAUCCUUACCUCCUUUUCUGUGUUUCUAACUCUCCUUGGACUCACUAGCAUUGGACUGAGCUGCUUAAUGGCUCUUUUCUUAUACCACGUUGUAUUUGGUGUGAGGUACCUGGGCAUUCUCAAUGGAGUUGCAGCCUUUGUUAUUAUUGGUAUAGGGGUGGAUGAUGUAUUUGUGUUCAUCAGCACCUUCAGACAAGCUUCCCACCUGCACCAGCCACAGCAAAGAAUCAUCUACACAAUUAAAACUGCUGGCAGAGCUACUUUCCUCACUUCCUUCACCACUGCAGCUGCUUAUGCUGCAAACACCUUCUCUCAGAUCCCAGCCGUGCAUGACUUUGGCCUAUUCAUGGCCCUCAUUGUCAGCUGCUGCUGGCUCUCGGUAUCUGUCCUGAUGCCAGCCACACUGUGCAUCUGGACCAAGUGUGUGGAGCCCCAGGAACAAGCCUGGCUGAAUUGCUGGAAGCUGUUUUUAGGGCUGUCAGCAAGCCACGGGCCUUUGUCAGAUGAGGAUGAUGAUGUGGCGCUUCUGUCGGUGGAAAUGGAGCCAGGCUCCUGUGACACAGACAGCGAUGCAGCCAUUCUUUUCCUGUCGGUGGAGACACCUCUGUCCCCUACAGGAGGGCAGCAUGUGGGUGUGGUGAGCUCAAAUCUUCAAUGGGCCCUGAAGCAUUUAGUGGCAGAGCCAGCUGUGGAGCAAAGAAGAGCUGUUCUUGGUGUCUUCCUCCGGUUGCUCUUAUCUGCGGGGUGCUGCUGUCUUCUGAGGCCAGCCACUCACGCCCCGCUUCUUUUCCGUCGGAACACGAACCUCCAGUCUUUGCUGGCGCUGAGGAGCAACCUCAGUGGCCAGGGCAUCUCUUGCCCCAUGUGCUCAGGUGUAUUCAUGGAAAAGCCCCAUCCUUUGUACACUCACACUUCCUCAUCAGCAUUUAAGUUUUCUACACAUCAGCAAGCAACAAGCACAAUGACCUCUACUGCUGCUCGUGGCUCAGUGAGACCAAAUCCAAGCACAAAUCAAACAGGCUCUUUACUUACAGUGUACAUUUCAAAGUUGGACCUUGGGGCUUCUACAACCCUUUACCGCUUCUCUCUCAACACCAGCAUUCCCUCCCCGUGGAAACUAUGCAGCUCAGAUCAUGAGGAGGUGUCAUCAUUUCAGGCUUAUUAUCAGCCCUGCAGCAAUUACACCAGCAGAAUGACAGUGUGUGUUUCCCAUGUGUACCAUCCGUACCCCAGCUGGAUGAUUACAUCCACCUCAUGUGACCCCCAUCAUGGCUGGACGCCAGAGUUUUCUUUUUAUGUAGCGUCAUCUCUGCAGCAGCACUGCAGGAAGCUGUACUAUGCCCAGCUCCGCCUGAGACCUCAUCCAACCCGAAUGUGUGUGGGUCCACCUGGCUGUGGCAUCAGUUCUGGGCCUGAUGGACCCACACAAGGAUCCUUUUAUUCUCCUCUUCCCAGUGAUCCCUCAUCCGCUGCCAAGAUGAAACCAUCCAAAACUUCUGGCUUCAACCCAUGCAGUGGCGGUGUGUGUGGCCACCCAGCGGUGCGUCCUCUAGUGGACACAGGGGCAAUGGUUUUCGUUGUGUUUGGCAUCUUGGGUGUCAACCGAACAGGGCGCAGGGACAACCAUGUGAUAGGAGAUAUGGGCAGCAUCAUAUUGGAUCCAGACUUUGACAUUUUCCAGGAAAUGGGGCAUCUUUGCAAAAUCUGCAAAGCAAUUAGUGAAAAUAGAGAACUUGUGAAGCCAGGAGGAGCGCAGUGUUUGCCAUCAGGUAAUAAACUGUCAUCUGUUCUGCCUCUGCUCCACCCUGAGUGUCACUCUCUACCUGAACCCAACCUGCUUCCUGGUCAGCUCUCACACGGAGGUGGAAUGCACGGAGGAAAGGUCCGCUGGCUGUCCAUGGCCUUUGAGUCUACCCGUACAAGGGGAAAUCCUCCUUUCAGGACCUACUCUGACUUCCUCCAGUGGGAGAACUUCAUCCAGGAGCAGCUCGCCUCCCUCCCACAGUCCUCUGAUCUGCAACGGGGUUUCCAGACCUGUGAGCACUGGAAGCAGAUUUUCAUGGAGAUUAUAGGUGUGGAGAGUGCCCUCUGGAGUCUGCUGCUGUCUCUGGCCAUCUGUGUGGCAGCUGUAUCCGUGUUUACUGCUCAUCCUCUGCUGCUUUUGCCAGUGCACACCAUACUAGGAGUGAUCUGUCUGGUUGUGGCCUUCAUGUAUUGGCUUGGUUGGGAGAUGGGCGCAGUGGAGGCAAUUUCUCUCUCCAUACGUGGCUCCUCCGUGGAUUACUGUCUGCACCUUGUGGAGGGAUACCUGCUGGCUGGGGAGCUCAUGCCCUCUACACCUAGUCAAAACUUGGAGCCUGCUGUUGAGAGGCGGAGGCGGACCUUGGAAGCAGUGAACCAUGUGGUUGCCAUAGUGUCCAGUGCCGUCACCACAGUGAUCUCUACAGUCCCCCUCUUCUUCUGUGUCAUUGUGCCUUUCGCCAAGUUCGGCCAGAUAGUGGCCAUAAACACUGCUGUCUCCAUUUUCUUCACCCUAACCGUGACUGUGGCCAUGUUGGCAUGCAUGGCCCCUGCUAGCUUCAGCAGACUCCCUGGUGCUGUGUUCAAGGCCAGCCUGGGCUGUGAUGGUGGCAUUGGUCUUGGGAGUGGCCGCGUGCUGGUGGGAGGACAGCUGGGGUCGCUGGCCUAGCAAUCAAUCAGCAUGUAA